GCGUAACCGGAUGUUCCAGCUGAGCUCUCUGUUUGAUUUUUAGCGGUUUAUGUAACGUUUGAAACGUGAACGCGAUAAUUAAUGUGUAUUUACCUUUAACGAAUAAUCUGUUAGUCCAAACAAUGGACGAACAAUCCAGAUGUGUUCUACGACGGAUAUUCCAAAGAAUACCAAGUAAAAAUAUAGAGAAGCUUCUGAAAAGCUGGAAUUGUUUAGCAGCAGAUCAGCUGCGCGCCUUGGAUUACACUAGCCCCAAAUGGACUAUAGUGGAAAACAUCAUUAGUUUCUGUGAGGAUAAAAGAUUAAACCUGAAGCACAUUACUAAAUUGGAAAUGAUCAAUCGUAUGGAAAACCCUGAUCAAGGAACUUGGCAUACGUGUCAGCUUGUUGAGGCACAGGAUGAUGCAGUUUGUGUGGAGUUGACACAAUUUAAGGAGCAGUUUAAAGCACACCUACACCGGGUUAUCAGAAAUAUUUCCAUUAAGGUAAAGAAACAUGAGGAUGAUGCUUUAUGGAUUAGGAUUGCUUGGGGAGACAACUUCAACAAACCCAAUCACCUCAAGCCAACGUAUGUUGUGCACCAUCUGCACACCUCUUAUGUCUUCAUCUGCAAUCUCAUGGCCAAGCACAAGAGCCUUCUUUAUCAGGCUUUGAGGGUGUCUACCAAGUAUGGGUCCAUCAAGGAUGGGCACCUGAGUACCAGAAGUCUCACUGCAAUGAGGUCACUGCUACUGAGACAUUAUCAGCAGGUUUUUCCAAACAAUCACUCGAGGAUCUUAGGGGAAAGAAACGCUCUUCCCUCCCAUCCCUGUAUUGAAAAGGAGCAUGCUGCCCAUGAAGAGAUAAGACAUCAGUUGGCCUGUGAAGCAUUUGGAGACGGCCCUACACCAAAGCUGGAGAACGCUGUGUAUAGACUUGAGACGAGAUACAGAGGAAAUACUAAUGCCACCUUAAGUGACCAGGAGGAUUUAUUCAGAGGGGUGGUCAAGUUCUCAAGCAGCAGUCUGCUACAGUCAUUACGCCACUGUGUUGCUUCAGGCAUGGUCGAAGGUCCAGUUACUCCACUUUUGUCUGCCAUCACCCAGCGAGGAAGAAAUUAUUUUGUCAUUACAGACAAAGGCCCUGGUGUUCCCAGCUAAGUGCCAGCAGAAAGAUCCUGAUGGCAACAGAGACCACAGAUGCUUUAUAUUGAGCUGUGCAUCCUGCAAAGUGAAAGCAUGUAUUACCGCAGUGUUAUCACUGUUGUCCUUACCUAUACGAGCACUGCUGUAGUCAUUAAAAUGCUAAUGGGGCAGUACAAUAGAAUCUUUUCACAAUUCAAUCUCAUUAAUACAUUAUCAUUUUAGCAUGUUUUAUUGAAUGAUUUUAAAUAAAGGAUU